UGAUAAUUCAAAUUUUCAAUUCUGCGACCUGACUGUCCAGACCCAUACUGUGUGUCUGGUUCUUCAGGUUCUUGUAGAAAUAGAAUAUUAUGUUCUAGACAUAAAAUAGCAAAAACGAAACAAAAAAUUAGUUGUGUAAAAUAAACUAUAUAUCUAUGAUGGACGAAGAAAUUCAGUUAAAAAAUAUUAAAGAAUUCUUACAAAACUAUAACAAAAUAACAGACGAUUGUUUUUCACAAUGUGUGUAUACAUUGUCACAAAGCAGAUUGACAGGUGAAGAGGCAUCAUGUGCAAGUAGAUGUGUACAGAAAUCUAAGUUGGUCGAUCAAAAAUGUAUGCAAGCAUUUAUUGAGCAUCAACAACAAUCAAUGCAAAAGUUUGUUGAAGAAUCUUCUCAAAAACAGGCCGAACAAGAAGCUACUGUUGUUGACUCAAACAAUUCCGAUACAGAAAACAAAGAAAUAGUUAAACCAGAAUUGACAGAUUAAAAAAUGGGAUUGAAAAUGUAAUAUGUAGGUUUAAAAUAAAUAAUUUAGAUACUGUAAAUAUAAUAUUAUUGUGAUAAUUGAUUGAAUUUAAAAAUAAAUAAAAUACAAUAAUAA